GACUGCCCUGUGAGUCCCGUCUCAGCCCUGCCGUCUCUCCCCUCCAGGACUCUGCGCUCCAGCCCGGCUCUCAGGUUUUAAUGAAGAACAAUGUUUCCUCUCCCUCUUUCUCUCCUCCUCACCAUCACUCCAUCCUUGGUCCCAUUUUCGUUAGCAGUAAAUAAAGACCUCCUCCGCUGGACUGACAGCACCGUGCCUCUGCUCGUGAACAGGAACACGGUGCGACUCCCGAGCCCCGCAUUCAGUGACGGAGACUCCGAGGAUCUCAGUGAUGCCGUGUGUGGAAUUGACUGCCAGAGAAACCUUCCAGAUCCUGGAACCAAGGAACUGGAGCGUCUCCUGGCCUAUGAGACGUUUUAUGAGAACGGUAGUCGGACACUGACGGAGGUGGAGUUGCAGGAUGUGAGGAACACCUCGUCGUCUUCUCCGACCGUUGUCUCGCGCAGGAAACGGCAGGUGUACGGUACAGAUGGACGCUUUGUGAUCACAGACAAGCACUUCAUCACCAACUUCCCGUUCUCGGCAUCGCUGAAGCUCUCGACUGGAUGCUCGGGGGUUUUAGUGUCACCUAGACACGUGCUGACGGCGGCACACUGCGUUCAUGAUGGUCGUGGAUACCGGAGGAGGCUGAAGAAGCUGCGUGUUGGUGUGAUGAAGCUACAGAGAAACACCGGGAGAAGGAGGAACAUGGAAGAAAGAAGCGAAAGAAAACAGAAAAAGAGAAAGGGAAACAAGAAGAAGAAUCAGAAUAAACGGAAAUCCUCGGAAAAUCCUGAACAGCCGACUUUGCGGUGGACGCGUGUCAAGCAAACGUACGUACCGCAGGGCUGGAUGAGCAACGCCGGUAACGAGGUGACGCUGGAUUACGACUACGCCCUCCUGAAGCUGAAGCGCAGUCCCCGGGUGAAGCACAUGGAUUUGGGCGUGGUCCAGCGCGUCAGGCGGCUCCACUUCUCUGGAUUUGACGAUGAUCACGCGGGAAAGGUGGUGUACAGGUUCUGCUCGGUGACGCAGGAGUCCGGCGAUCUGAUGUACCAGCACUGUGAUGCUCGGAGAGGCUCGAGCGGCGCCGGAGUGUACGUGAGACUCCGCGAGACAUCUACGGAGGCUAAGGGGAAGUGGAGGAGGAAAGUAAUUGGUGUGUUUUCGGGACACAGGAGCGUGAAGGAAGCGAACGGCACACACAGACACUACAACGUAGCGGUGAGACUCACGCCCGCCAAGCUCGCCCAGAUUUGCCUUUGGAUCCACAGAGACGGCGAGCGGUGCGCCUCAGACUGAGACCAACUUCAAGUGACAUCGAACGUCUUGAGUGCCAAAAUUUUAUCCAGGGGAAACAGGAUUUACGCGGGAAUCCACUUUAUCCUAAAUGCACAUUUACUGAAUUUGCCUCUUCAGUUUGUUAAUAGACCUACUUAACAAUCUUUAUACACUCGCUCAGAAAGACAUUAUCACAUUUACACGCUUAAAUCUGAAGUAGAACCACACAAUCAUCUACACUUCCUUCAGCUUUUCGCUAGUUUUUCUUUUUAUGCUAGGAUCAAUUUUAAUACCUACAGUUAGAUCCUGAAGUAAAAAUGAAAGAAAAAGUAACCGUCGCCUUUUAUAGAGGUCAUAACAUACAAAUUUUUUUUUUUGUUUUUUAAGUUUAUCAAAAAGUUGGAAGGGUUGUCUCUAGUGCAGUUUACUCACUUUGCUAAUCCACUAAUCCAUCCAACUCAUAGGGUGUAUUAAAUUUCAAUAUAAUACACCAUUCAGUUUAGCUUAUGUUUAUAAAAGACAGGAAGUGCAGCUGUGUCCUAAACCACACCCAGACAUCUGCACAUCUUAGACAGAUAAGCAUCGUAGCUGCAGUGUCAAAAUAAAAAAGUAAAAAAAA